AUGUCAACGCUCCGAGGCGGCCGAUACCGUUCCUCUGGCCCAAAGCAUCCUGAUCCUCUGAUCGCCCUCUUUUCUCCCCUCGGCCGCGAACACGAGCCACCGGAGAUCGAAAUCUCGACAGACCAGUCUGACCAGAUGCCAGAGCCGUUUACACAUCCACAGUCGAAGCUCCGAGGGGAUCUGCAGGGCCCUAGGGAAACAGUUUCUGAAAUGCUCCUAGCGGAGCAGUCCGGACAAAUCGAACACGCCAAAGCGGACAAGCUCACUCAUGUCAUGAUAUCACCCACGCUGUUCUGCAUCAAGAAGGUCGCCGCCGCGCAAGGGACGUCUUAUCGAGUACCGACCGCGAGCAGGCUGGAUGGACGAUACUGUCUCCAGGGAGCGAAUCGAACAGAUCCCGUGUCGAGUGUUUUGCUUCGGCGGUACGAGAUCGAUUUCCACUCGACCAUCUCCGGCCCAAUGAGCGCCCCGCAAUCCUAUUUUGCCAAACGAUUGGCUGAGGAUUUUCGCAUGUUCCCAUAUCCCCCAACCCUCGCCCGCAGCGUGCUGACCGCGGCCGCGACCCGGCAGGAGGCCCUGGAGGCUGAAGCACAGAGGUCGCUGCUCUGCCAUCGUGCUGCAGUAAGCGCCGAGCGCGCGACGACCCGUUGUCCGUGCUUCCAUGACGGAUGUGCCAUGGUCCAUGAUGAUGCGCUCUGA